UAAAAAUAUAAAAUUAAGAACCGAAGAAUGUUAAUCAUUCUAUAUAACCCCACUCAUAAUUAUAGAAUACAAUACUUUAUUAAAUUAUAAUUCCCUUAAAUACAAUACCCUAAACUUAUCCAUACUUCUAGCAACAUCUCAUUCUUUUUUCCCAUUCCUCUUUAAAAACCCUUCUCACCACCUCAUUUCUCCACUAUAUCAAUUCAAAAAAAAAAAACACCCACAAAAUCCUCUUUCUAGAAAAACCCAAGAGAGAAAAGAAUGUCAAAGGAAGUGACAGAAGAAGGACAAGUUCAUCAACAUGGAAAAGACUAUGUAGAUCCACCACCAGCACCAUUGUUAGAUGCAGGAGAGUUAAAACUAUGGUCUUUCUGGAGAGCUUGUAUUGCUGAAUUUGUUGCAACAUUAUUGUUCCUUUACAUAACUGUUGCUACUGUUAUUGGUUACCAAAAGGAAGCUGAUCCUUGUGCUACUGUUGGUGUUCUUGGUAUUGCUUGGGCUUUUGGUGGCAUGAUUUUUAUCCUUGUUUACUGCACUGCUGGUAUCUCUGGUGGACACAUCAACCCAGCAGUAACCUUUGGAUUGUUCCUAGCAAGAAAAGUGUCCUUACUAAGGGCAUUUUUCUACAUGGUGUUCCAAUGUGCAGGAGCAGUAUGUGGUGUAGGGCUAGUAAAGGCCUUUAUGAAGGGACCUUACAACAGUCUUGGUGGAGGAGCCAACAGAGUUCAAGCUGGAUACAAUAAGGGUACUGCCCUCGGAGCUGAAAUUAUUGGUACCUUUGUUCUUGUUUACACUGUUUUCUCAGCUACUGACCCUAAGAGAAGUGCACGUGACUCUCACGUGCCUAUCCUUGCUCCUCUUCCUAUUGGAUUUGCUGUGUUUAUGGUUCAUUUGGCUACUAUUCCUAUUACUGGAACUGGUAUUAACCCUGCUAGGAGUUUUGGUGCUGCUGUUAUCUACAACAACCAAAAGGCCUGGGAUGACCAUUGGGUUUUCUGGGUUGGACCAUUUGUGGGAGCAUUGGCAGCAGCAGCAUAUCACCAGUACAUCUUGAGGGCAGCAGCAAUUAAGGCCUUGGGAUCAUUCAGAAGCAACCCUACAAAUUAAGAACAUUUCUUUGGAAAAUAAUGUUUUAAUCAGGAAUUGAAUUGAAGAAGGAAAAAAACAAGACAUGGAAAAAAAUAUUGAUUUGUUUUUUGUGUGCAGUAUUAUGUAUGCAGGAGAUAUUCAGUUACGCUUUCCCCCUUAGUCUUAUCCUCUUUUUAUUUUAUUUUUUUGAAUUUUUAAUUUGUCUUGUAAUUUUUGAGUAUGUGAAGUAAAUUAUUGAGUUAGCAUCA